AUGAAAAAAGGCUUCGUUCAUGUUUUGUUAAUUCUACAAUAUGUGUGGCCAGGCAGCGCGAGUUUCUCAGAGUUGAAUAAUUCGGAUCCAAAAUUUAGUGGCCCCAUUAACAAUGUAACGGUGCCCGUGGGACGCGAUGCGCUGCUCACCUGCAUCGUGCACGAUCUCGUUAGCUACAAGGUGGCCUGGCUGCGCGUGGACACCCAGACCAUAUUGAGCAUACAGAAUCAUGUUAUCACGAAGAAUCAUCGCAUCGGCAUCUCGCACACGGAGCAUCGCAUUUGGCAGCUGCGGAUACGCGAUGUACACGAAUCGGAUCGCGGCUGGUACAUGUGCCAAAUAAACACGGACCCCAUGAAGAGCCAAAUGGGCUACCUGGACGUGGUUGUGCCGCCGGACAUUGUCGAUUACCAGACCAGCCAGGAUGUGGUGCGUGCCAGUGGGCAAAAUGUGACGCUGACGUGCAGUGCGACGGGCGUGCCGCUACCCACAAUCACCUGGCGGCGAGAGGAGAAUGCGCCGCUCUGGCUGCCAACCGAGGACGACCAGGAGCGUGAAAUCUACAGUGUGGAGGGCCAAAAUCUGACGCUGUGGCAGCUGCAGCGCGCCCACAUGGGCGCCUAUCUCUGCAUUGCCUCCAACGGAGUGCCGCCAACGGUCAGCAAGCGCGUCAUGCUGGUGGUUAACUUUGUGCCCACCAUUUGGACGCGCUACGAUACCAUCUACGUGGGUCUGGGCCAGAAGUUGACACUCGAAUGCAUUAGCGAAUCGCAGCCGGCGUCGAUCAAUUUUUGGAUCAAGGAUAAGGAACUGCUGCAGGGUGGCACCUACGAUUCCAUGGUCGUCGAUCAUGUCCAUCGCAUCGUGAUGCGCCUCACGCUGCGCCCGGUCACCAAACGGGAUUUCGGUGAAUACAAAUGCAUUGCCAAGAACGCAUUGGGCGAGACGGAGCGCAGCAUAACAUUACAUCACAAGGCCAAAAAGCACGUGCAGCACUCGCAUCAAACAUCAACACGCGACAAUCAGUUUAUUGUCAUCGAAGGUAAAUUCGAAGCAUUUUCUAUUUGA